AGAAAAAACAAGCACAAAAGGCUGAAAAAAUUUUCUUCUUUUGAGAUCUCUCUGUUUCUAUCUGCCUUCUUUAUCAAUCAGAGCAGAACAAAACAAAACCAAAAAAAAAAAAAAGAAAAAAAAAGGAAAAAAAAAACAGAAAAAAACAUCCCUCAGGUGGAUUUGAGCUUUCAAUCCUCUUCAGUUCCGAUCAAACACAAAUGGCGAAAAAUGAAGAAUGUUGUUCUACUCAGCUGAUUGAUGGAGAUGGUGUAUUUAAUGCUACUGGACUAGAACAAUUUAUCAAGGAUGUGAGAUUGGCCGAAUUUGGACUAUCAUAUGCUGUAGUCUCCAUUAUGGGCCCACAAAGUAGUGGGAAAAGCACUCUAUUAAAUAAUUUAUUUCGUACCAACUUUAUAGAGAUGGAUGCUUUUAGAGGAAGGUCUCAAACCACUAAGGGUAUUUGGUUAGCUAGAUGUGCUGGCAUUGAACCUUGUACUCUUGUAAUGGACUUAGAGGGUACUGAUGGAAGAGAACGAGGAGAGGAUGAUACAGCAUUUGAGAAGCAGAGUGCACUGUUUGCCCUUGCUGUUUCAGAUAUAGUAUUGAUUAACAUGUGGUGUCAUGAUAUUGGCCGUGAGCAAGCUGCAAAUAAACCUCUUUUGAAGACUGUAUUCCAGGUCAUGAUGCGAUUAUUUAGUCCACGCAAGACAACUUUGUUGUUUGUCAUACGUGAUAAAACAAGGACACCGCUGGAGAAUUUGGAACCUGUCCUAAGAGAAGAUAUUCAGAAGAUAUGGGAUGGCGUUCCUAAGCCAGAUGCACACAAGGAAACUCCAAUAAGUGAAUUUUUUAAUGUUGAAGUUGUUGCCCUUUCUAGUUUUGAAGAAAAAGAAGAACAAUUCAGAGAACAAGUGGCUAACUUGAGGCAACGAUUUGUCCAUUCAAUUGCGCCCGGUGGGCUUGCUGGAGAUCGACAGGGUGUAGUACCCGCUUCUGGAUUUUAUUUUAGUGCUCAACAUAUUUGGAAAGUCAUCAAGGAGAACAAGGACCUUGAUCUUCCUGCCCACAAGGUCAUGGUUGCUACUGUGCGCUGUGAAGAAAUUGCAAGUGAAAAGUAUGCUAAUUUCAGUGCAAAUGAGGGGUGGCUUCAAAUAGAAGAGUCUGUACAUUCUAUCCCUGUCUCUGGGUUUGGAAAGAAACUUAGUUCAACUCUAAGUGCUUGUUUGUCCGGGUAUGAUGAAGAAGCUAUCUUUUUUGACGAAGGAGUCAGAUCUGCAAAGCGAAAGCAGCUUGAAGAAAAACUGCUGCAACUUGUCCAACCAGCAUAUCAGUCCAUGUUGGCACAUAUAAGGUCAGGAACUCUUGACAAAUUCAAGGAAGCUUUUGUUAAGGCUUUGGAUGCAGGGGAAGGGUUUUCUUCAGCUGCUCGAACUUGCACUCAAUCUUACGUGGCUCUAUUUGAUGAAGAAUGUGCAGAUGCUGUCAUUGAACAAGCAAACUGGGAUUCAUCUAAAGUCAGGGAUAAGCUGCAACGUGAUAUAGAUGCACAUAUUGCCUCUGUUCGUGCUGCUAAACUGUCUGAAUUUACAUCAUCGUUUGAGGCUAAACUGAAUGAGGCACUAGCAGGACCCGUGGAAGCUCUCUUAGAUGGGGCUAACAGUGAGACUUGGCCAGCAAUAAGGAAACUUCUGCAGCGUGAAACAGAAUCAGCUGUUGGUGGCCUCUCUAGUGCACUUAUUGGCUUUGACAUGGAUGAACAAUCUAAGGAUAAAAUGCUCAAGAGUUUGGAGAAUCACGCAAGGGGUAUAGUUGAAGCAAAAGCUAAGGAAGAAGCUGGACGAGUCCUGAUUCGUAUGAAAGACAGGUUUUCUAUGUUGUUUAGCCAUGAUUCUGAUUCAAUGCCACGAGUUUGGACUGGAAAUGAAGAUAUUCGAGCAAUUACAAAAACUGCUCGCACUGCUUCCUUGAAGAUUUUAUCUGUGAUGGCUGCAAUCCGUUUGGGUGAUGAAGUUGAUAAUAUUGAAAGUACCCUAUCAUCUGCUUUGAUGGAUACAAAGAGUAAUCUUGCUAUUACUGAUAGAAGCAUCACAACAUGUGAUCCACUGGCUUCAAGUUCUUGGGAUGAGAUUCCAUCAUCAAGGACCUUGAUCACACCUGUUCAGUGCAAAUCUACGUGGAGGCAAUUCAAGAUGGAGACAGAGUACAGUGUCACUCAAGCCAUUUCUGCUCAGGAAGCCAGCAAACGCAGCAACAACUGGUUACCACCCCCAUGGGCAAUUGUUGCUUUGAUUGUGCUGGGAUUUAAUGAAUUUAUGACACUACUAAGAAAUCCCUUGUAUGUGGGAUUCAUCUUUCUAGCUUAUCUACUGAUGAAAGCCUUGUGGGUGCAACUGGACAUUUCCGGUGAAUUCCGCAAUGGAGCUCUUCCUGGGCUUAUUUCUUUGUCUUCGAAGUUGCUUCCGACUGUUAUGAACCUCAUGAAAAAACUAGCUGAGGAGGGGCAGAUGCCUGCUACUAAUGAUCCUCGUCCUCAGAGAAACCCAUCCAUGGCAGCAAAGACUUUUCGGAAUGGAAAUGAGACCAGCAGUGCUAUGUCAACUGCUUCCUCCGGGGUAACUAAUGCCGAAAAUGGGACUGAAUACUCUAGCACCUCAAAAUAUGACUAAGUGAAAUAACUAUGCUGACUGGACAGUAGUUAUAUUACUGUUCAUAUAUACAAGUGUUUGGCACGCAUUUAGGUGCCCAGUUAUAUGUGUAUGGUCCACGAUGAUCAACUCUUGUGAGUAAGCGAGAGAAACAGAUUUUGGAGGCAUUGAUUUUAGUAUAUCUGCCGCAUACAGGGGGCUAUUAUGAGAAUGCCCCAUUUUUUUAUAUAUUCAAUAGUUUCUAUUUGUUAGUCUAGGUAUUAUUGUUAUUAUUAUUAUUUUUUGGCACCCAAAUUUUGUUGGAAAAGCUAUUCUAGACUCUUUCUAAAAAUUGAUGCUGAUUGAUUAUGCUGUUCUGAA